AAUCUGGUGUAUCAAUGCGCUAAACACCUGCGGUAUCAUUAUCUGUAUUUUUCAAGUUUCUUGAGGAAAUGAUGAAGGCGUCCUCCCUACUCCCGUCGCGAUUAUUUACAUGUCUGUUGUGCAAACAAGCCUCUCUCACUGUUGCUCUGGGCUCAGGGAACCAACCCCCCAAGGAAAUAGGUCAUGAAGUUGCAGUAUGAAUUCCAGUAGGACAACUUUUGCAAACUACUUCCCCAAGCCAAUCACAGCCAAACAGGAAUAAAUGGGUAAAUGCUGGUAUAGAGGAGCAGUUCGGUCAUAUCCUACUCAACUCCGUGAAAAAUAACAAGGAUAGCUUGCCUUUGAAUGUUUGAAAACCAGAGACUUAUUUUCAUACCUGGCUGCCAAUGAUUUCUCCGAGGAUCAGAAUAAGCUUUGUCACGGGAUGGCCAGCAAGCCCUUCCGGGCCACCUACAUAUGGAGUAGCAUCAUCAACCACCUUCAGUCGCAGGUGGAGGUAAAACGGAGGCGCCACAACCUCAAGUCCUACGAUGACUGCUUCCUGGGCUCGGAGGCAGUGGAAGUCAUCCUGGAACACAUUAAUCAGAACAGGUUUUUUGGAAAUGAUGAGAUUCCCAGGGCAAAGGUGGUGCGUGUAUGCCAGGCCCUCAUGGAAUGCAAGGUGUUUGAACCCGUGGGCACCAAAGUGUUUGGCAAGGAAAAGAAACAAGCCAUAUUUGAAGACAGUAGCUGCAGCCUGUACAGGUUCCUGAAUGGACAGAGCCAUGCCAAGAACAAUCAAGAAAAUGGAUGCAUUUCCCCUGUUGAUCCUAGGAUUAUAUACAGAACACAUGCAAGACGGCAAGAAGAGCCAGUAUAUUUGAAAUCCACACCUGUCAAAACUAGCCAGUCUUUGGAUGACCUCCUGGGAAACAAUGUGAAUCCAUCAAACAUCCAACAGAUGAAGAUGAACCCGGGAUUAUCACAACCAUUGGUGAAUGAAGUAUGGUGGGAGCAGACCGUCCUGAGGCUACUGCAGCUGGUAGAGCUCCCCCUGCUGGACAGCCUCUUGGAGAGCAGGGAAAGCCUUCAGCCUCCACUGCGCAGUAUGGACAGUGACCCCGACUUGCUCUACACCAGCAACUACCUGGACCGGGAAAUCCUGAAGGCCUUCAGUGACUCGCAGGCUGACGGCUGGCUCUCGGCCGCGGUGGACUGCCUGGAGUUCCUGCCGGAUCAGCUGGUGGUGGAGGUCAGCCGGGGCCUGCCCAAAUGCACAGAGACCCCUCAGUGUAAGCGCCUGCUCUUCGAGGUCCUGGAGAAGCACUACAGCCAGCCCCACCACCCAGCCCUGCUCUCAGCCCGCCUGUUCGACGUCCACACCGGCAUCGCGGACCUGCUGGUGAAUGGGAAGAUGGAGCAGGCUCUGGAGGCCUUGCAGCUGUGCCUGAAUCUGCUGCACUCGCGCAACCAGGAGGAGCUGCGCAGGCUGCUGUCUUUCAUGGCAGCGGCUGCAGACACCCGCGAGGUCCGACUGCACAAAGAGAUUGAGAACAGGAUGGCGGUGAAAAGGGCUUUCUCCAGAGCGAUCGUCCACAGAAAACACCUGGCAAAGGGUAAAGUGGACCUCCUGGUGCUCUUUAUGAUGGACAAUCAUCGCGACGUCUUCAAGAUUCCAGGGUCUUUGCACAAAUUGGUCAGUGAUAAACUACAAAACAUCACGAAUGGGAAAAACCCGGAUGACGCAACAGGUCCUUCCUUCUGUCAGCGAGUCACAGGAAAAGCAUGCAGGGAUAGCAUUCAGAAAACCACGGAGGCCGAGCUGUUGGCACUACUCAGGACGAUCCGUGAAAACCCAACACUGUCCGCCAAAGAGAAAAAACGCUUACUAGGGCAGUUUUACAAAGGCCAUCCAGAAAUUCUUGUACAGUAUUUAGAAAAUAGAAUGUCUACUGUUGAUGUAUAAUUGUACAUGUUGUAUAUGUUGUAUUUGUACCUGCUGUAAAUGUUGUAAAGUGUUUUAUGCAAAGAUGUUAAUGUGAAAAGACUUGAAUAAAUGUGUUUUUACUUGA